GUUGCUAUCUCGUGGACCGAUCUCGUGUGUUCUAACCGACGAAGCCGGGUGGUAAAAGUGAUUAAAGGAAAGUUAGUUUUGCAAGAGAAUGAGGAAAUCAGGACGCGCCAUGUCGGCGUGGACUCGACUAAGGGAACCAGGCCCGGUACUGAUAUUUUUAGUUCUGUUUUUCAUACCACAACUAGUUUUAUCAGCCCCCUUCGAAGGUGAUAAAGAAGCAGAAAUUGAAUACUAUCCAGUCGCCGACGCUACUGGUUGCUACUACAAUUUCGAACAUUACGAUGAAGGGGAUAGGAUAAUCACAAACGAACCAUGCCUAAAUUGUACCUGCCACAAUAGGAUGCUGAUGUGUUACCUCAGAGUAUGUCCGUUCACGAAAGCAAUAGGUCAAGAUUGUAAAGUAGAGAAAAAACCGGAUCAAUGUUGUCCAACAAUCACUUGUCCCGAAGUUCCAGUACAAUUAUUACCGCAAGCUUCAACAACUCCAACAGCUUUAGGACACUUAAACGAAUACGGUUGUUCCAUCGAUAACCUCUUCUACUCAGACGGAGCUAAAGUCCCAUCGAACCCGAACAAUCCCUGCGAAGUAUGUUAUUGUAUCAGAAAUAAAACUGCGUGUAUCAUACAAGAAUGUACUUUAACUGGUAAAGUUGUGGAAGGUUGUAAACCUGUUUAUAUUGAAGGAGUAUGUUGUCCCGUGCGAUACGAUUGUGAACAUCCAGAAUAUCCCGAAAUCGAAACAACAACAAAACUACUACUCACAACAACUACAACUGAAGCAGCCACAACUACCCUUAUACCGACAACAACUAAACCUCCAAGUCAUUGUAUCUACAACAACGAAAUAUACGCUGAUGGUGCAUUAGUUAAAAAAGAUGUACCCUGCGAAAAAUGUUAUUGUAUGAGAGGAGAUAUGGUAUGCGCAGUACAAGAAUGUGGACCCACUCCUUUGGAUAAAGUCAACUGUACCGCUUUACCUCCAAAAGAAGGUAAUUGCUGCCCUGACACUUACGAUUGUGACAUGGUAUCUGAAGAAGAUUUAACUACAAUUUCUUCCUACGAAGCUCCAACAACUCAACCGACCGUUAUAUUAUCACAAACUGGCGUAGAUGAAACAACUCAACCAAAGAUCGAUGAAGCAGUAACGGAAUCAGUAGAAACAAAACAACCAGAACAAGAAAUUACAACAGAAUCAUUCACAGCAAAAGUAACAGAAGUAGUAACCACUAUUAGUUCAUUGAUAUUUGGUAGUUCCGAACCUGAACAACCAAAAAUAACAACUACAUCAUCUAUAAAAUCAGAACAAACAGAAUCUUCAGAAGGAGAUGUAGUUGAACUUACUACUGAAAAGACACAAGAAAAGGUAGAAGAACCAUCCAGUUAUGAAGAUAAGGAAACUACACCAAUACCAUCAGGAAUCGAAGACGAACGAACAAGACCUAUAGAUAAAGAAGGAGAAACUAAAAAACCACUUUUGGUUCAACAAUCUACCAAAGAAGUUGAAGAAAGUACCACAAACCAAGCGACAACCGUAGCUGAAUCGGAAAGCACUAUCUUAAACAAAGAUAUCACUGAGGUAGCAACUAAAUCUCCUGAGGAGAUAUCCAAGGAAACUGAACUAUCAGUAACGGAGAAAACUAGCCAAGAACCUAAAGAAACUGAUCGUCCUACAUUAGAACAUUCAGAAACGACUGAAGAACCUAAGGAAACGCCUAAAGAAGAAGAAUUACCAGUUACUAAUAUAGAAGUAACUACUAAAGCUAAAGAUAUAACUACUGAAAUUGUACAAACUACACAACAACCUACCACAGUAGAAAUUGAAGAAACUAAAGUAACGAAAGCAGAAAAAACAGUUGAAUUAUCUCCACAAACAUUAUCGACUAUUGAAGAAGCGACUAGUGAUGAAAUAACUACAAAAGCAGUUCAAGAAUCAGAACCAACAAUUGUAGAAUUAACCACACAAGUACCACACAAAACAGAAUUACCUAUUGCAGAAUUUACUAGCGAACAACCAAAAGAAGCAACAGAAUCUGUAGUAGAAACAACUACACAAGUAACCAUAGAAACAAAACUUCCUGGUGCAGAAAUACCUGGCGAAGACGCUAAAGAAACCACGAUUCAUGAAAUCGAAAUAACAACUCAAGCAUCUCAACAAACAGAAGCGCCUAAAGCAGCGAUAACAAGUGAACAACCCGUGGAAAUCACACAGUCUGCAACAGAAGAAUCUAAAGGAACAGAAGCAAAUAUUGAAGUAAUAAGUGAAAAAUCUGAAGAAAGCACCCAAUUCAAAGUAGAUAUUACAACAGAAACGUCUAAACAAACAGAAGGUCCUACUGAAGGAACUGGAGAGGUUGUCACUACAGAACCAUCUAAGAACACAACUAUUGCUGAAGAAACAAGUGAAAAAUCUGGAAUAGAAAUUAUAACACAAACUGAGAUAUCUACGAACGGAGAAAUUGAACAUGCUACUAAAGCUGAAGCACAAAUUACUACAGAAGCUUCAAUUGCAGAAGUGACAACAAAAGAGACUGAGGAAACUUCGCAACAAGAAGCUGAAAUCACAACUGAAGGAUAUAAACAAACAGAAGCUUCUACUGCAGAAGUAACAACUGAAAAGACUAAGGAAGUCUCACAAACUGAAGCCGAAAUUACAAGUGCAGUAUAUAAAGAAACAGAAAUUCCUGUUGCCGAAGUAACAACUGAAAAAGCUAAGGAAGUCUCGCAAACAGAAAUCGAAAUCACAACCGCGGUGUAUCAAGAAACAGAAGCUCCUAUUGCGGAUGUAACAACUGAAAAGACUAAGGAAGUCUCACAACCUGAAGCCGAAAUUACAACCGUAGAAUAUAAGCAAACAGAAGCUCCUAUUGCUGAAGUAACAACUGGAGCAGCUAAGGAAGUCUCGCAGACGGAAACCGAAAUCACAACCGCGGUGUAUCAAGAAACGGAAGCUCCUAUUGCCGAAGUAACAACUGAAAAGACUAAGGAAGUCUCACAACCUGAAGCCGAAAUUACGACUGAAGAAUAUAAGCAAACAGAAGCUCCUAUUGCAGAAGUAACAACUGGAGCAGCUAAGGAAGUCUCGCAAACAGAAAUCGAAAUCACAACCGCGGUGUAUCAAGAAACAGAAGCUCCUAUUGCCGAUGUAACAACUGAAAAGACUAAGGAAGUCUCACAACCUGAAGCCGAAAUUACAACCGUAGAAUAUAAGCAAACAGAAGCUCCUAUUGCUGAAGUAACAACUGAAAAGACUAAGGAAGUGUCACAAACUGAAGCCGAAAUUACAAGUGCAGUAUAUAAAGAAACAGAAAUUCCUAUUGCCGAAGUAACAACUGAAAAUACUAAAGAAGUCUCACAACCUGAAGCCGAAAUUACGACUGAAGAAUAUAAGCAAACAGAAGCUCCUAUUGCAGAAGUAACAACUGGAGCAGCUAAGGAAGUCUCGCAAACAGAAAUCGAAAUCACAACCGCGGUGUAUCAAGAAACAGAAGCUCCUAUUGCCGAUGUAACAACUGAAAAGACUAAGGAAGUCUCACAACCUGAAGCCGAAAUUACGACUGAAGAAUAUAAGCAAACAGAAGCUCCUAUUACCGAAGUAACAACUGAAAAAACUAAGGAAACUUCGGAACCUGAAGCUGAAAUUACAACUGAAGUUUAUAAAGAAACAGAAGCUCCUACUGCUGAAGAAACAACUGAAAGGGCUAAAGAUGAUACGAAACCUGAAGCCGAAAUUACAACUGCAGUAUAUAAAGAAACAGAAGCUCCUAUUGCUGAAGUAACAACUGAAAAGACUGAAGCAGAAGCAGAACUUACAACAGAAACAACCAAACAAACAGAAGCUUCUAUUGCAGAAAUGAGUGGUGAAGAAACAACUCAACACAAAAUCGAAAUUACUACACAAGUAUCUCGACAAAAAGAUGCUACGGAAUCAGAAAUAACUGAGCCUAAAUCUGAAAUAAUAACAGAAACACCUCAAGUAACGGAUGUAGGAAAAGAUUCUAUUACCCAAGCAGUUACAGAAGCCGAACAAUUUGUAACUAAAGUACAACCCAUAGAAACGGAGCCACACGUUACAGAGGGACAACAAGAAGGAAUAGAUGAAGAAUAUGCAGGCACGGUAGUCACCACUGAAAAACCUAGAGAAACAACAACUAUAUUAUCGGUUGGAAAAGAAAUAGAACCUACAACAACUGAAGAAAUGGAAAUAGUUACAAGCGCAGCACUGAACGAUACUGAAAAACCGCUAUCAAUGGAUCAUAAAUCUGAAACUCGAAUCCCUACUAAAGAGCAGACUGUGGAAACUACUAAACCAGCAGAGUUGACAACACCACAGCAAUCAACCGAUGCACCUAGAGAAGAAAUUUCAAUAACAAAGGAACCCGCGAAAGAAAGCAACGAAAUCCCUGAAGUUUGUACGAAGGAAUCUUGUCAUCAGCUAGGAGAAGAACCACCAAGUACUGAAAAAGAACCAAUAAUAAAAGAUCACACCGAAUCAAACCAAAUUCCAGAAGGGCCAAUAAAAGAAACUUCCGAACCUGAAACCGAAACAAAAGUAUCAGAACAUGAUAUAGUAGGAACUACCGUAUUACCAACCUCUCCGAGCACUAAAGAAGAAUUUGAAAUUACUACUGAAGAAUCUGGAAUCAAACAAACCACGAAGGAAGCCGCUACAGUAACAGAGCAAACCACAAUUAAAGAAAUCGUAACUAAAGCUCCUUCAGAAACGAAGUUAACGGAAGGAUCUACUGAAGGACAGUUCGAAACGACCUCUCACGAUUAUAGAGAUAACGAAAUAUUACCAGAGGUAACGGAAAAAUUAGACGAGGAACGAAUUACCGAGGCUACUCCUUCGGACAAAACUGAAGCACCUUCUGAACAAGAAAUCACAACAACUUCAUCUACCGUAGUUUCUGAAGAACAUACUGUAUCUGAAAGUGUAGAAAUCCAAACAACCGAGUCUGUUAAAACUGAAACUAAACCAGCGGAAGAAGUAACAACAGCACGAGCUUCAUUAGAUCAACAAACUGAAGGAUUUACAAAUGAAUUACCCGUCGUUACAGAAGAAGAAAGAGAACAUGGUAUACCAGGUGAAGGCAGUUGUUUAGUCGAAGGAAAAACUUACAACAACAAUUCCCAAGUGCCUCCUUUCAAUCAUUGUCAAGUUACUUGUAGAUGUGUCAGUUCAAUUCUUAGAUGCCAGCACGUACCUUGUCCCGAUCCACCUAGUAGUGAUUGUCUCCCUGUUGUACCAAGACCAGAAAAUAGCUGCUGCCCUGUUUACAAAUGCAAUGAAGUUGAUACUGGAAUAGAAUCAAGCAGUCAAGCUAUUGAGACGACCACAAUAGGUGAAGAGAAAUCUACCGAAGCUGUAGCAACUUCCCAACCUAUUGAGAAGACUGGUUCACCAUCAGAAGAAGACCGCUAUAAAGAAAUUGAACCUGAAAUACCAACUACACAAGCUUCUAUUUCAUCUGAGCCUACUAGUUUCGUAACUGGAAAUGAAAUUACAGAACCAGAAAUAUCUCCAGAAGUAUGUACCAAAGAAGGAUGUGCUCCAGUUAAACCCGGCACACAUACGGAAGUAGAAAAAGAAGUAGAAACUACUACAAGUUCGCUACCAAGAGAAACAGAACCAAUAUUUACAUCAGAAGUAUGUACUAAAGAAGGAUGUGCACCAAAAGUACCAAGUUUGGUUACAGAAGAAGAAAAGGAACUAGAAACCACUACUAUACCAAAAGAAGCAGAAUUACCUAGUGUCACACCUUCCCAAGAAGAAGCCAGCAAAACCGAUGGAGUCACUUCACAACAAGUAACAACAGAGGAACCAGUUGAAGUAACUACUGAAAUUAAACAGUCAUCAAUUCCAGAAAUAACCCAACCUGAUAUAAUUACACCUCUGGAAGAAGCUAUAACUCCAGGUCUAGAUAUGGAAACCGCAUCAACUGAAAAAUCAGUUGAAACAACUAUGACCUCUGAAGAGGUCACAAAGAAAUUGUACCAAGACCAAAAGACAGAUCAACCUACUACCGAGAAACCGAAAGAAGCUACAGACUUAACAUUUAGUGAAACAGUUUCUAUUCAACAAACUACUGCUAAAUCAUCUGAAGGGGAGAUAACAUCCACUGAACAACCUAUGAAACCGGACAUCAGUGAAGAAGAAUUGCAGACAACGCCAUCAUUGACCGAAAGAAAACCAGAUGAAAUAGCAGCAACUCAAGCUGGAAUAUCUGUAGAUGAAACCGAAAAACCAACAGAGGCUAUAAAAGAAACUGAAAUAGAAAUAACGACGGUUAUUAGUGCCGAAACAGAACCACAUCAACAAGUUACAGGUGGACAACCAGAAAAAGAAGAAAUAACAACUUUGGGUAGCACUAAAGAAGAACCAAUAACAGAGCCUGCUACGGAAAAAUCUGUAACAAUAGGAGAAACCACAGAGAAAGAAAUAGUUACAGAAGGUACUAUCCAGAAAACUGAUCUUCCUAGUGGAUCUUCUAUUGCUGAAGAAACACCAGAUGAAGAAACAAAUACAUCUGCAGCUGCAGAAAAGACUCCAGCUACCGAAAUUUCAAGUGACGUUCCUGAGGCAAACGUAACAGAAUCUGUAACUAAACAACCCGUAGAAGUUACUGAUGCUAAAGUAACUGAUUUACCAGAAAUUUCAACAACCUCUGUAACAAAUAUUGAAACCACCAAACAAGCAGAGACUGAACCUUCCGAAGCUAUUACUACGAGUGAAGCAGCAGAAGAACCUGAAUUAACAACUGUUGAAACAAUCAGUAACGCUACAUUAGAGCCUGAAGUAACAACUGCCAAAGAGGAGGUUGAAGGUACAACUAGAGCAGCUACAGAAGAGGAAGGAACAUUUAUAGAAGAAAAACCUGGUGCUCCUAGUAAGAUAUCUACUGAAGCUGAAGCGACAACAACUAGUAAAAUAACUGGAGAACCUGAAGCGACAACGGCUAAAGAAGAAAUUGAAACAACCAAUAACCUAGUAACUACUACCAGUAAAGUAGUCUCUGAACCUGAAGUUACAAUUGUUGAAGGAGAAAUCGAAACUACAAGUAAAGCAGCUGUAGAACCUGAAUUAACAACUGUUGAAGCUACCAGUAAAUCAGUUGAAUCCGAAGGAACAACUGCUAAAGAAGAGAGUGUAGCUACAACUGAGGCAACUGUAGAAAAAGAAAUAACAACUAUCAAAGAAGCUGAUAUAACUACUGUCAAGGUACCUGCAGAGCCUGAGGUUACAAGUAUUGAAGAAGACUAUGAAACUACCAGUAGUAAAUCAUCUGUAGAACCAGAAGUAACAUCUCCUAAAGAAGAAAUUGAAGUUACAACGAAAGCAGAUAUAGAAAAAGAAAUUGAGGUGACUAGUAAGGCAACUGUAGAAUCUGAAAUAACGACUACUAGUGAGGUGCCUGAAGUUACAAUUGUUAAUGAAGAAACUGGAGCUACUAGUAAAUCAGUAAUUGAAUCUGAAACAACAACUGUAGGAGAUGUUGAGGUUACUAGCAAAGCAACUGAACUUGAGACAACUAGUAAAUCAGUAGAACCUGAAGUAACAACUGGUGAAGAAAAGAUUGAAGUCACUAGUGAAGCAUCUAUAGAGCCAGAAUUGACAACUAUUGAAGAAAAAGUUGAAACAACUAAAAAGUCAACAGAGCCUGAAGUAACAACUCCUAAAGAAGAGAUUGAAGUUACUAGUAAAGCUACUAUAGAACCGGAAUUUACAACUAUUGAAGCUAAAGUUGAAACAACUAGUAAGUCAAUAGAGCCGGAACUAACAACUCCUAAAGAAGAGACUGAAAUUACUAGUAAAGCAGCUGUGGAAACUGAAUUGACAACAGUUGUAGGUAAAGUUGAAACAACUAGUCAAGCUACAGAACCUGAAGUAACAACUCAUGCAGACGAAAUUGAAAUCACUAGUAAAGCAGCUAUUGAACCGGAAUCGACAACUAUUGGAGAUAAAUUUGGAGCAGCUGUAGAGCCACAAAUGACGACAGCUGCAGAAAAGAUUGAAACUACCAGCAAGACAGCAGUUGAGUAUGAAGAAACAACUCCAAGUGAAGCAGCAGCUGAAGAAGGAGAUAUUGAAAGUACUAGUAAAGCAGCUAUGGAUGACAAGGUCGAUACAAGCAAAUCAACUCUAGAACCUGAAACAACUCCUGAGGAAGAGAAAAUUGAAACUACUACUGUAGAAAUUAGGGCCACAACACUUAAAGAAAUGAUAGAAUUUACUACACAAACACUCAAGGUGGAACCUGCUACAGAACAACCUAAACAAGCGGAAUUCACCUCACCUCAAAUUAGUACUGAAAUAAUUAGCAAUGAUACUGAUCAUUUAUACACCUCUGGACCUCAAGUAGAAACGACAACAAAGAUACACGGCGUUGAAGGCGAACUUUCCACCUCUGUACCACUUUCUCCGGCAUCCACUACUAAAUCACCGAUACCGGAACAUCAUCACAAGCCUGGGCAACAUGAACACGUUCCAGACUUACCAGACUAUCAAUCACCUGCGGAAGAUUACGAUGAAGAAGAACCUAGUCCACUCGGUCCAGGAACAUGUCGAUAUGGUGGCAAAGUUUUCGUAUCCGCUCAACAAAUACCUCGUGACGAUCCAUGUGAUUUCUGUUUCUGCUUCAGAAGUGAUAUUAUAUGUCUUCAACAAAGUUGUCCACCACCAAUACCCAAUUGUCACGAAGAACCAAUAAGAGGAUUCUGCUGUCCUAGAUAUGAAUGUCCCGUAUCUAUGGCUACUGCACUUAAUUUGACGACGACAACAACAACAACGACGACUACGUUACCACCACACUUUUUCCCUCACGCAUAUAGGGGCAGAGCCGCCAAGACUGGAUGCCAAAUCAAAGGACAAGAUUACAAUGUAGGUGACUACAUCAAAUCUGCAUCUGGGCCAUGUAUGCAAUGCAUAUGUGGAGCUGAUGGCCAGAUGAAAUGUGAUCCAAAACAAUGUAAUCCAGAACCGAUGUUAAGGCAAAUGCUCCAAGCUGCCUCUUCGUCGAGAAGGAGGAGAUGAAUUGUUGUUUAAUAACUAGUGACAAUGCUACAAGUGAUACAGACAAUUUUUUACAAAUUGAUUAACUAGUGUCGUCGAACUUUUUUUACAAAAGAAUAUAAACAAGCAUUCUCGGGUGCCAAAAAAAGUAUGGACGUUAAUUAGUUAGCGUGCCUUCAAAUCUCGAAAAUAAUUCUUAGCGUAUAUCGAAUGGUGCAAUACGGAAACAAGUAUAAUUGGAAAAAUUCACAUCACACAUUAUUUUUAAUAAUAAAAAUCAUGACCAACCUGUUUGUUUUUGUCAUAAAAUCACUUAGCAACGUUUGUACAAUAUUUGUAAUAUCUUUGAGGCAUAAAUACAAUCCAACUUGUCUUUAUCUUGUUUUUUAAGUAAUUUUGACUUCCACCUCAAUAUUAAGAGAUAGUUUAUCGAAUUCUUUCAAAUAUACUGUUUCUAAAUUUAGAAUUGCGAAUGUAUACUCGACUUAAUAGAUUAUCAAGCCAAUUUAUGGAAAAUGAGAAGUUCGAAUAUUAAUAUAUCCGAUAAAAGCAGAAAAAUAUGUGACAUGAACUUCCGUAAUAAUGUUUUCAUAUUCUGGCUUAUUUUAGGAAACAUGACUGACGAAAUUUUUACACUUUUGUAAUUAUACAGAUUUUGGAGUGUCGUUUUUUUAUUUUAUUUUUGAAAAGAAAGCCAUUUCUUAUUAUACGCCGGCUCUUUUAAUAUUUAUAUAGUAUUACUAUUUGUGUUGCGUAUCCCCAAACAGUCUCAGUUGUUUGACUAGCAGAAAAAUAGUUUUCUUUCUUCUUUUAUUGUAGUUAGGUGGAUAUUGAAAUAAAAUAAUCUUUUAAAUCUUUUCUUUUCUGCUACUUGAACGCUUAGACUUUUCCCUGUAUAUUUAUGGAUGCUCAAUAUUAUAGUUAAGUAGAGUAUGUAGUAUUUAUCAAUUAUAAUGAAUAAAUUGUGUAAAAAACUC